AUGAAGGCCUUCGUAACAUUUCUACUGGUCGCUUCGCUGAUCGCCAUUAGCGCGAGUGCAUCGAUAAAGAAGUUCGAAAAACGUGGUCUUCUGAACGACAAUGGAUACUCUGGCGGUCACGACAGUCACGACACAUCCGUGGUAGUGUCUCCUGUCGUGGAACCUACUACAAAAUACCUUCCACCCGUAGCACCAGUCAAGAAACCCUACGCAGUGUCUUCCUUAUCAGUCCCAAGUUACAGUGUUCCAGAACAUUUACCAGAAUCAGUCCCAGCACAGUCUUACGGUGUUCCAUCCCACAGUGCAUCUUACUCUGUAGCUGAACCUGCGCCAUCAUACGGACUCCCUGUGCCAUCUUACAGUGCCCCUGUCUCUGCAUCACUGCCAUCUUACAGUGCUCAUGUCUCUGCACCACUGCCAUCUUACAGUGCUCAUGUCUCUGCAUCACUGCCAUCUUACAGUGCUCACGCCCCAUCACUGUUGCCAUCUUACAGUGCCCAUACCUCUGUACCAUCUUCGACCUAUGGACUCCCUAGCCACUCUUCUGGAGUUGUUUUGAACGGACCUGCACUGGCUUCAACUGCAUCCCUCUCUGUGCCGCACUCAGUGUCAGUUGGAUCUGGUUUGGGCAGUGGACUUGGCCUGGCAUCUGUCGGUGUGCCUAGUUCCACUUAUGGAGUACCAAGCAGCGUCCACUCCGGAUACUCCUCUGGUCUUUCCUUGUCAUCUCUAAGCGUGCCCAGCAAGACCUACGGAUUACCUAGCUCGGCAAUGGUUAUAGCAAUGGUUACCAUGGUGGAUCAUCUGUCAGCCUGUUACCAAGCCCCUCUUAUGGUGUUCCGAGUUCAGAUAACGGGUACGAGUACCCCAUCCCAUCGAAACAAUUACUUCUUUAAAUUUAAGAGAGGAAUUACGUGA